CCUUACUUCUUUAGUUCUGCUGUCUGCGCGAAACACAGCUUUGCGAACCUCAUCGAUCACUCUUGAUCCAAUCCCACCGUCAUCGGAAAUUUCUUCUGCCACCGUCUAUCGCAGCUCUUCGCCGUCGCCGGAAUCCUGAAUGUUGAUGACAUUGUGAAGUGAUGAUGAAUAGAAGAGCUAUCCAGUAACAUGGCAUGAACUGUAUAUUCUUCUACACUCGAAGGUUAAUCUAGCUUAAUCGUUGCAAGGAUGUUUUCUUUGUUUUAUGGACUAUGGAAGUACCUGUUCAGCAAGAUGGAGCUUCAUGUACUCAUUUUGGGCAUUGACAAGUCUGGGAAAACGACUUUGCUGGAGAAGAUGAAGUCAGUCUACUCAAAUAUCGAAGGCAUUCCUCCUGAUCGAAUUAUUCCAACUGUUGGAUUGAAUAUUGGUCGCAUGGAAGUGGCAAAUAGUAAACUUGUAUUUUGGGACCUGGGAGGUCAGCCUGGUCUUCGCUCAAUCUGGGAGAAAUAUUAUGAAGAGGCACAUGCUGUAAUAUUUGUUAUUGAUGCUGGUUCUCCCUCACGCUUUGAAGAUGCGAAAUCAGCUCUUGAAAAGGUUCUUCGGCAUGAGGAUCUUCAAGGAGCCCCUCUUUUGAUAUUAGCGAACAAGCAGGAUCUUCCUGAAGCAGUAUCAGCUGAAGAGCUUGCUCGAUAUCUGGAUUUGAAGAAGUUGGAUGAAAGAGUUUACAUGUUUGAAGCUGUGUCAGCAUAUGAUGGGAUGGGGAUUAGGGAAAGUGCAGAAUGGUUGGUGGAAGUGAUGGAGAGAAGCAAGAGGACUGAAAUGUUAAGAGCAAGGGCAGGUGCAAUGGGUCCAGGUUCCUAGAAAGGUCUUCCACAAUAAACUGAAGUGAUCUCUCUAUUCCUUUAUAUAGUUUUUGUUGAUCCAAAUUGGAUUAUACAUGAUUAAAAGUCACUGAGCUGAAAAUGUAAAAGAAUAAUUCGAUGUUAUACUAAUCCAAGCCUUGAAAUUUGAUGUUUAAUUUGUAAUACAGCUGUUUCAUGCUAGGCUCAGUCUCCGGUAUCUCUUACAGAAAUUUUUUCUACUGACAUGCCUUGUAUAAGCAAUCUAUCAAGUAUUUGGCUGCGCUGGAGGAUUUUCUGCUUCUGCCUCCGUGCACACUUUUGUCAACUCUAUAUUGUAAUUUGUACGGUUCUUAUUUGAAUGAAUUUAAUUUACUUUUCUAUCA